AUGAAACCAAUUAUAGACCUUGAAGUGGAGGCCAAUUCAGAAAAUGAUUCAGAUGUUUGCAGCCAGGUAGCUUCCAACUUAUCAAUGCACGAAACAUCAUACUCCGCAGCUGCAGCUCCAUCUAACGAGAGCUUGAGCAUUCGGAGUAGUUUGGCCAAUCCCGAAUCAAACCCACAACGAGUUUGCCUUAAUUUGGCGCUGUACUUCAACAGCAAUGAGCCUGAGACAAGGGACUCGGCCGGCUUGGCAGUGUCCAGCACCAGCGAGAGCAGCAACGAGCCUGCAUUGCGAACCACAGCUGCAGCCAUCCCUCGAGUGUUUUCGUGCAACUACUGCCAGCGAAAAUUCUCUACUUCGCAGGCACUCGGGGGCCACCAAAAUGCACAUAAGCGAGAAAGAAGUUUAGCCAAAAGGGCAAUGAGAUAUGCCAAUUUGGCUUCUCUACCUUUUACCGCGACACCAUUUAGGUCUCUCGGGAUCAAAGCACACUCUUCUGUCCAUCAAAACUUGGCCAUACCAAUUAGGCCGAACGAAAUUAGAAGUGGGGCAAGAUUUGAGCACGAGUAUCAUUUUGGCCUACCGAUUUUCUUAGAGGAAGAGCAAGGGGAGAUGCUUUGGCCGGGGAGUUUUCGAGAAGUGGCUGAUCAUCAGGCUGCUGGGAAUUCGAGUUUGAAUUUCAUGGAGGUGAAUUUGGAAGAUUCUGCACCAGAUUUGACAUUGAAACUUUGA